GGCGGCACAUCCUAAUGACGCGCGUUGUGUUUUGGUGACUCGUCCUGUGUGUCUGUGUGUGUCUGUGCGCGGCCUCCGGUUCACCGUCACUCUUCUGUCGUUGCUCUGAGAUGAACAAAAACAAGGCCAGCGGCGUGUCAUGGGUGAAGCCAGCGGAGCCGUCCUUCCUGAAGAAGUUUAAAAGUGACGUCGGCUACAAAGAAGGGCCGAGCGUCGACACGAAGCGCCAGGUGAUGCCGACACUGGACGAUGACAGCGGCAGCGAUCGGGAGGACGAGCUGCCUCAGGUCGUGGUGCUCAAAGGAGGAGACCUGAGCGCAGAGGACGUGAAGAAGAUCAAGGACGAGAAGCGCAGCGGAGGUGGCGCAGAGAAAGACGACGAGCCUCCUCCUGAUGGGAAAAUCCUGUUCAAGAAACCAGCCAAGCGUUCCUCCUCAGACAGAUUCCAGGGCAUCACAGCCAGCUCCAGCAAGAAGAAGAAAAACAGCGGAGGAGAGAAGGUGAAGGCGAAGGAGGAAGAUGAAGAGGAGGAGGAGGAGGAGAAGAAGAAGGAGGAGGUGAAGUCUGGGAAGAAAGUGAAAAAUAACAGCCUUCUGUCGUUCGGAGGGGAUGAUGAUGACGAUGAUGAGGAUGAGGAUGAUGAUGAUGAUGAGGACGACGACUAAACGUUAUGGGUGAAAGUCAUUAAGCUCUGUGAAACGGGAAUCAGAGUGACGUUUGAACAUUAAUGGUUAAAUUUUUAGGAGCAGGAGGCAAAUUAACAGACACAGAGUGUGUCUGGAGUUCAUCCACAGUGUGCAGCCUGUCCAUUCUGUAGCUUUUCUUUCUUUUUUAAAGGUGGUGCCACCAUCUCUGCAUGUCUCAGCCCACUGACUACAAAUACUCGGUUUAUUCAUUUUAGUACUGUAAAAAUCAACUUCCACAUUCAGACGGCCCAAAGUUCCAUCAUAGUUGUACAGAAGUGCUGGGAUGACUGGGUCUAAAUCAGAGUGCUGUCUCUUAAAUUUCAGAUGUCUGUGUUGUUGCUUCACCAGCUCACAGAAUGAGUGUUAAUUAACCACAGCUGAGUGAGUCUGUUUUUGUUAAUUAUGUAAAUUAGAAUUUAAACGGCAGCUCUAGUGAUUUGGAAAUUGCACUCUUAAGGUUUCAGUGAAAAAACAAAGCCGUGACACUUUAGAGUGUGAGCAACAGCAUCGCAUUAAUGAGCUCUGUCUGCAGUCACACUCCCUAAAAGACGGUGGCUCAUUUUCAGCAUCGUAAAAUGUGACAAGCAACUUUUAAAUCUGUCACGAGACUCCUGCUGACUCCAGUACAAUACAAUAACUCAUCUUUGCAAAAAAAAAAAAAAAAAA